CUGGUGCGCUCAGUGCGGGCGCGGGCGCGGGCGAGGGUGGGCGUGGCUGCGGCGCUCCGAUAUCGGCACACCGAAACACACAUUUUUCCCGCCGCAAACCUCGCGCCGAAGGUUAGCCGCGGCCCGCAGACGGAGACAGAGAGAGCCUCGCGCCUGCGCCAUCUUCAAGACGCGCCAGUUUUGACAUUCGACGACCGAAGCCCGGAUGAAGAUGUUAUGACUUACGUCGCGCUGAUAUCACAAUUGAGUGUGAUAAUACUUUUCUAUUGGCUUUCAUAA